AUGCGCGCAGUCGAGGCACAACGCCGCUCGAGCAUGUCCGCAUCGUGGCAAGGUAACAACAGCACCUUCUUCAGCCAGCUGGGCGUAACACUGAAGCGGAUGCUGAUCUUACAGACCCGCACCCCCGUCGCGUUUGCGUGCGAGCUGCUGAUCCCGAUCAUCUUUCUUCUCGGCUCCAUUAUCCUGUGGCUUAUCAUCAAGAGGGACUCCAUCCCGGCGACUGACUACUUCAGCGUGAGUGGAGAGUAUGCCACGGAGCUCAUACUGGCGCAGACGCCGAACAUGCUGUGCUACAACAUGACGCUCUCAGGUGGUACUCAAAUCGCGGCUUUCCCGGAGUGUGGCGACUUCGUCAAACAGUUUGCGUCACCACCGAUGCUGUUGUGCGCUGAGAACAACAUCAGCGGCCCCCCGGUUGGCCUCUGCGUUAUGGAAAGCUUCGCUCGUGGCUCUUACUCUCUGAUGCGCUAUCACGUGUCACUGAGCACGACGCGUGUGCCGUCGCUGGAUCAGAUGAUCCUGCUGCAGUGGGUAUGGCGCCUCUUCUAUCAGCUGGGUGGUUCCAAGUUGAUUCGUGACAAGACGGUGGACUCUGCUAUGUUCUCCAGCGGCACCCUCUACUUUGCGCCGAAGUCCAACGCGACAGACGCGCUUGUUGAUUACCUCCAGCGCACAUCCACUUACUUCAAGUAUGUCUACGGCGGCACCCUCGCCACGGAGGAUGCGGCGGAGGCGACGGUCAAGGAGCGCACCGCGCACGACCCACCCAUCUGGGGCAUCGUUCAGGUGGGUAACUUGGCUGCUGACGACUUCAAUGUGGCCAUCCGCCUGAACGCGACGGCGCUGCCUCGGACGAGGAAAAUCCUUGCAGGGUUCUACGUUGGCGGUGUGGAGAAGAACGGGGCGGUCAUGUAUAUCUUCUCUGGCUUCACGACGCUACAGCAGACCAUGUACCAGUACUUCCUGGCAGAGGUGGUCCGCACGUCAAGGACGCCACCGAGUAAGCUGGUCAUGCUUCCCGCGCCGACACGCGCCUUCGUGAGUGCACAGUUCCUCGCGUACGGCGGGCUGUUUGUGCCGCUUAUCCUCGUGCUCGGCUUCCUGUACCCGGUGUCGCAGAUGACAAAGCGCGUCGUGCUGGAGAAGGAGCUGCGCUUGCGGGAGGCAAUGCUGAUCAUGGGGUUGUCAGAGGCAGUUAUGUACACGGCGUGGUUCCUGAUCUACCUGGUGCAGUACACGUGCGUCUCGCUCAUCAUGGCGAUUCUGCUGCGGGUGACGUACCUGAGGAAGUCGAACAUGGGCAUCGUCUUCUUUCUGCUCUUCUUGUUCUGCCUUUCCCUCAUCACGUUGUCGGGGCUCAUGGCGGCGCUCUUCAACAAGGCGCGCCUGGCGUCCAUCUUGGCGCCGCUCAUUUACUUCGCCAUGGCAGUGCCGCUCUUCGUUGUUCAGGAUAUGGAAAGUGCCGCGCAGAUCGGUUUCUCUUUUCUUUCGCCAUCCGGUCUCGCUGCUGGCAUCAAGCUGGUUUUCAUGCACGAGCUGAGCGGUGGCGUCACUUCCUCCACCUUCGCCUACUUCCGUGAUUCGCCGAAUAUGCUCGUGGUGACCUCUAUCUUGUUUGCGGACUUCUUCAUCUACCUCGUGCUGAUGCUCUACCUGGACGCUGUUUUGCCGAAGGAGUGGGGCACGCCAAGGCACCCGCUCUUCUUCAUCAUGGACCCGGUGCGACUGUUCUGCUGCCGCAGAGGUGCACCUCAGUGCUUCGAUGAGGACGGCCGAGCCGAGGAUGGCGUGUUCGAGGAGAUCGGCGACGACGACACCGACUACGCAGUUUGCAUCGCCGGACUGCGCAAGAAAUACCGUCGCGGCGGCAGGACGUUCGUUGCGGUGAACAACCUGUACUGGGGGAUGCGCGAGGGCGAGAUCUCGGUGCUGCUGGGGCACAACGGCGCCGGCAAGACGACGACGAUGAACAUGAUGACGGGGAUGGUAUCGGCCGACGCGGGCGACUGCUACAUCUACGGCUACUCUGUCCGUGAGGAGCGGCAGAAGGCUCGCCAGCAGAUCGGCUACUGCCCGCAGCACAACAUCCUGUGGCCGGAGCUGACGUGCUACGAGCACCUUUGGUACUACGCCGCGGUGAAGGGCUUGCGAGGUGUGGCGCGGGAGGAGGCGAUCUCGCGCAUGCUCGCCGGUGUCGACCUGGAGGAUAAGCGCGAUUACCGCUCAAAGAUGCUGUCGGGUGGGAUGAAGCGGAAGCUGUCUGUGGCGAUUGCGUUUGUUGGCGGGAGCCGCCUUGUGUUCCUGGACGAGCCGACUGCCGGCAUGGAUGUUGGCGCGCGGCGACACACCUGGGAGCUCCUGCGAGCCAUGGCCAAGUACCACAGCAUCCUGCUGACGACGCACUUCAUGGACGAGGCCGAUCUGCUGGGUGAUUCCAUCGCCAUCAUGAGCAAGGGUCGCCUGCAGUGCGCGGGCAGCAACAUGUUCUUGAAGACCAAGCUUGGUGUUGGCUAUGUGCUGACCCUCUCCGUUGUCGCCCAUGUUGAUCGGCCGGGCAUUAUGAGGAAAGUGAUGAGUCACGUGCCGUCAGCGACGCAGCUUGGAUCCGGUGCGGGUGAGAUGGGCUUCCGACUGCCGAUGGGUGCCAAAGCAACAUUCCCCACUCUGCUGGCCGAUAUUGAGGACUGCAGCUCGCAGCUCGGCAUCAACGCUUACAGCGUCUCUGCUACGACGCUGGAGGAGAUUUUCAUCCAAAUUGUGCAGCAGGAGGAUGCCAAAGAGGGGGUGAAGGGGACUCGGCAGUACUCGUCGACGCCGUACGGCGAGUCGACACUACUGGCUAAUGAGGCCGGUGCGGGUGCCACUAGAGACCCCAUCGACGCCCUAGUCAGCCCCAGCGCCAUCGACAGCAUUUGUAAGGAACCAGCGCGGCCGUCGGAUGUGUGGAAUGUCGACCUCAUCAGAAAUGAGUUUUCGAUCUUUCACAGCCAGUUCAAGGCGAUGCUGUGGAAGCGGCUCUGGAACGGCUUGCGGGAUCGCCGCACGCAGUUCUUCCAGGUGGUGUGUCCGGUGCUGUGUGUGCUGCUUGCGAUGUUACUCAUGCUCAUCAAGUUAUUUCAAUCCCCGGCCAUCACGCUCUCAAGCGAUCUGUACGGCACGCAGGUCGAGAUCGACGUGGCAGGAUGUGCAUCGGCGAUGAACUUGACCAUACCGUUUGGGUCGAUGACCACGACGGUGCAGCCGCCAGGCGUGAACUCCAUUUCAUCGCUUUCGGCCUACAUGCUUGAGACGUACAACACUCACGAGAUGGAGAGGUACAGCGGCCUGGCGUGCAACGACACGACGAGCUUCCCUGCGCCCGGUACGGCAGCCUCGGGGGUGAUCUACAACAGUUCGGCACUGCAUUCCUCGGGGAUUGGCCUCUUCAAUCUUUACAACGGCUACUACAUGGCGGAGCGCGGCAAUAACGCCAGUGUGAUGACCACCGUCGUCCACACGAUGCCAAGGACGAAGACUGAGGACGACUUCGUGAACUCCAUCUAUUCCCUUAUCAUCUCCAUCGUCAUUAUGAUCCCGUUCACGUUCAUUCCGUCCACAUUCGUGUCAUGGAUUGUCAAGGAGCGAGAGUGCAAGGCGCGGCAUCUGCAGAACGUGUCGGGGCUCUCCUUCUUCAUCUACUGGCUCACGAACUUCUUGUUUGAUAUCUGCUGCUAUAUUAUCACGAUGUUCCUUGUCAUCAUCGUCUUCGCCAUCUUCCACCGCGAGGAGUACAUUGGCAAGAGGGCUGUCGGUGCCACUAUCGUGCUUUUCUUCCUCUAUGGCCUAUCCAGUGUGGCCAUGGCGUACGCCGUCAGUUUCCUCUUCAAGGAGCACUCCACAGCACAGAAUGUUGUUAUGCUCGUCAACUUCAUCACCGGCUUCCUCCUGGUUCUCAGUGUGUCGAUGCUCUCCGUAUUGGAGUCCACGAAGAAAGUGGCCGAAAAGUUACCGUGGUUCUUCCGCGUGGUGCCGAGCUUCUGCGUCGGCGAAGGCAUAAGCAACCUCGCGACCUUGAGGAUAGAGGAGUCGCUGGGCACAACGAAGACACCGUGGUCCAUGUCAGUGGUGGGCUGGCCGUGUGUGUACAUGGCGAUCGAGGUGCCCAUCUACAUCUUCAUCACUCUCUUCAUCGAUUACCCCGGACGCCGACAGCGCACGCAGCGGCUGUUUCACCACACUGACUCCGAGCCGGAGAUUAUUGAGGGCGAAGACGAGGACGUCGUGGCGGAGCGCAACAGCGUGCUUCACAGUAGCGAGCGGCAGGGAGACCUCGUGCAAGUGCUGAACCUUCGGAAGGAGUACUCCAACGGCAAAGUGGCGGUGCGCAACAUCACUUUUGGAGUCCACCCCGGCGAGGUGUUCGGCUUCCUCGGCACGAACGGUGCCGGCAAGACAACGACGAUUUCCAUUCUCUGUCAAGAGUUCAGCCCCACAAGCGGCCACGCCUCGAUCUGCGGCAACGACAUCGAGACGGAUAGCCGCGAGGCGCUGCGGUGCAUCGGGUACUGUCCGCAGUUCGACGCGUGCCUGGACCUGCUGACGGUGGAGGAGCACCUGGAGCUGUACGCGGGUGUGCGGGCCAUCUCGUACGAGUCUCGCACGCGCACGGUGAGGGAAUUGCUGAGCUUAUGCGAGCUGACAAGCUACAAGGAUACCCUGGCGCGUGAGCUUUCCGGCGGCAACCGGCGCAAGCUGUCCGUUGCUGUGUGCCUAAUCGGCGGGCCACGAGUGGUGUUCCUCGAUGAGCCGUCGGCCGGCAUGGACCCCGUUGCGCGGCGCGGGUUGUGGACUGCCAUCGAGACCGUGUCAGACAACUGCGCCAUUGUGCUGACGACGCACCACCUGGAGGAGGUGGAGGCGCUUGCGCAUCGCGUGGCGAUCAUGGUGGACGGCACUCUGCGGUGUAUUGGUAACAAGACGCACCUGAAGAACAAGUUCGGCACGGGCAUUGAGGUGACUAUACGUAUCCGCUCUGACGAUGAGGAAGUGAAAGAGGCGAUUCAACGCUUCUUCGAGGCGAAGUUCCCUGGCACCUCGCUGCGCGAAUACCGUGCGCGCCGCUUCACCUAUGCGCUGCCCGGAAGCAUGAAGCUAUCGAGGAUAUUCAAGCUUAUGGAGGAGAACGCCUCCGAACUGGGGGCGACGGACUACAGCGUGUCGCAGACCUCGAUCGAGCAGGUCUUCCUGCAGAUUAGCGACGAGGCGGAGCGGCAGCACGAGGAGGAGGAGGCGGAGCGCCUUGCCUCCACGGAGAAGAGGUGCUGCGCGUGCUGCUGCUAG